CCGCGCACUCGCCCGCGCCUCCUCCUCCUCCCCGCUCGCUCGCUCGCACGCGCCACCACCACCUCGUCCUCGUCCCGUCUCCCUCGCGUCUCGCCCCCAUUGCGCGGCGCGGGACGGAGCGAUCGCGCGCGGGGGGGAGAGCCCUAGACCUAAGCUGCCGCCCGGGGUGGGGCUGUUGUGAGGCGCCGAUGCAGGGCCAGGCCCAGGCGUACAGCCGCCUGGGGAGCUUCGGCGGGGCGGCGGGCGCGUCGUCCCCGCCGCCUCCGCCGCCGUUGUUCCCGGCGCGGGCUGGCGGUGGGAGGCGGACGCCCGCGAAGGGGGGCUCGGCGAGGAGGGCUGCGAGGGCGGUGCUCGCGGCGCUGCUGCGGAGGCAGGCGGUGUUCCUCUUCGCUCCGCUAUUGUACGUCGCCGCGAUGCUGCUGUACAUGGGCUCGCUCCCGCUCGACGCCGUGCCGCGGAUCAUCGCGCGGCAGGCGCCCGGGUCGGUGUACCAAAGCCCGCAGCUGUACGCGCGCCUCCGCGCCGAGAUGGACGCCGACAACUCCACCGACGCGCUAGCAACUGUAUGGAGGCACACUUACAAAGGUGGCGCAUGGAGACCCUGCAUAAACAAUGGGACCAAUGGUUUGCCUGAAUCAAAUGGCUACAUAUAUGUUGAGGCAAAUGGUGGUUUAAAUCAACAAAGGACAUCGAUAUGCAAUGCAGUCGCUAUUGCUGGUUUUCUAAAUGCUACUCUUAUUAUCCCAAAUUUCCAUUUCCAUAGCAUUUGGAGGGAUCCUAGCAAAUUCAGUGAUAUUUAUGAUGAAAAUCACUUUGUACAACGUCUACAAAAUGAUGUUCAAGUAGUUGACAAAGUGCCUGACUUUAUAAUGGAGCGGUUCGGUCACAAUCUCAGCAAUGUAUUCAAUUUCAAGAUAAAGGCUUGGGCCCGUAUUCAAUACUACAAAGAUAUUGUUCUUCCUAAAUUAGUUGAAGAAAGAUUCAUCAGGAUUUCUCCUUUUGCCAACCGGCUCUCAUUUGAUGCACCAACUGCUGUUCAACGGUUAAGAUGCUUGGCUAAUUUUGAAGCCUUAAAAUUCUCCAAGCCAAUUGCAUCUUUAUCUGAGACCUUAGUUUCUCGAAUGAAAGAGAAAAGUGUUGAAAGCAAUGGAAAAUAUAUCUCAGUGCAUCUUCGUUUUGAGGAGGAUAUGGUUGCCUUCUCAUGUUGUGUCUAUGAUGGUGGUGAUGAGGAGAAAAAGGAGAUGGAUGCAGCCAGAGAAAUAGGUUGGAGAGGAAAGUUUACGAAGAGAGGACGGGUAAUAAAGCCAGGAGUGAUAAGAAUGAAUGGAAAAUGUCCGCUAACACCUUUGGAGGUUGGAUUAAUGCUUCGUGGAAUGGGUUUCAGCAAUAAGACUGCAAUCUUUUUGGCAUCUGGAAAGAUUUACAGAGCAGAGAAGAACAUGGCUCCUCUUCUUGAAAUGUUUCCUCUCCUACAGACAAAAGAGACUCUAGCAUCAGAAGAGGAACUUGCGCCAUUUAAGAAUUUCUCCUCGAGGAUGGCUGCUAUUGACUAUAGCGUUUGUGCCCAAAGUGAAGUUUUUGUAACCACACAAGGUGGAAAUUUCCCUCAUUUCCUUAUGGGUCACAGGAGAUACUUGUAUGGUGGGCAUUCAAAAACUAUUAAACCAGAUAAAAGAAGGCUAGCUGUACUCUUUGAUAAUCCACGUAUCGGGUGGAAGUCAUUGAAACGGCACUUGCUUAAUAUGAGAGCACACAGUGAUGCCAAAGGGAUAGAAAUGAAAAGACCAAAUGAAUCCAUAUACACCUUUCCAUGUCCUGACUGCAUGUGCCGCUUGAACAGAACAGAACACUCAAAACCCAGACACACUAGAUAGUAUCUCACAGUUGCAUUUCAAUAGGCUAACCUUAUUUGUUCCGGCAUACAGUUUAAUUUGUUCAUUCUUCAUGUGAUCUGCAGUCCUCUAUUUCACCUGAAAAGCAACCUGCCACAACAUUGUAUGUCACUAUUCUCCUGGGUGGCGGUUUUUCCUCAGAUAGCAUUUGCCAACAUGGAUACACCACAUUCCCUGGAGGAUUAGACCAUCAUGGUGCUAACAAUCCAUUGAGUCACUUUAACUCUCGACAACAGAUCUAACACCUGUAGGGCUGCUAUCCAUUGUCAGUGAAGUAUCAAACUGUUUGGGGUAGUAUUGCCUCCUGUACAUGGCUCAUUAGCAGUCUGUCAUCACGCACAAAGUUUGAAUGGAAGACAGGCACUGUAAAUUUCAUUUUUUGUCUUUUUCCAUCUUGCUCCAAAAAUGGGCAUUGCUGCAAUAGUCUGUGUAUUCUUUUAGCUAGGUCUUCUCUGUUGUAAGUUGUAACUCUCUGACAAUAUUAAC